AUGUAUUCUCUCUGGCUCUACGUGGGCAUCAUUGCGAGUGGUGUCCUCGGCCAGAUCACACUGACACCCACAACGGUCCGCACCGGCCGGCCGGGGCUUCCCACCGUGACCGUCAGCGCAACCGUGACAGAAACCGCAACCGAAACCAGCACCGUGACCAAGACGGAAAGCUACAUCCGCAACGUGACCGUCACGGCCACUGCCACCGUCACCAGUGUCAGCACCACCACACGCACCGCCACCAGCGUCAGCACCGCGACCGUCACCAGUGUGUCGACGGUGACCAAGCCGUGCCCGGCCCCCUGCCCGACCAUCACAAGCACGGCGACAGCCUGCGGAACCUGCCUCGUGCCCCAGUGCACGACCACCUCGGUCAUCACGCGCCCCUGUGGUUGUGAGGGUGCCUUGCCGACCGCGACGGUUGCGUUCCCGUGCAGUGACAGGGACUCAUGCAACAAGAUUGGGUGCAAGACGGUGUACAAUGUGCGGACGGCCGCUUGCUAG